AUGAACUGUCCGCUCAUAGAUGUGAAAACGCGGUGCAUUAUUGUGAUGUAUGCUAUUCUAACAUCACAAAUUGUCAUUGGACUAUCGUGUAAACCACGUGCAGGUGGUACGCCGGUUCCGAUCGGAGUGUUCAUAACAUCAGUUCUGCCGAAUUCUCUCGACAAGAAACCGUUCGAUGUCGUACCGGCUAUCAAGCUGGCUUUGAACUUUAUUCAGAACCACUCGUGUAUUUUGAAUGGUUUCAAGUUGGAACUCAUCUACAAGGAUACAAAGGUAACCAACGACUCCUUUCUUUCACAUCUCCGUGAGUUUUUUUUGCAGUGUAAGACAUCACUCGGUAUGAAGGCGCUGUUCGACUUGAUCGCAUCACGUCCUCGUCCUGUUGCGUUGUUUGGCGGCAUGUGCACAGAAGUGAACGAACCGGUAGCGAUGGCACUGAAGUACUGGCAAAUUGCACAGCUGAGUUACGCCGAAACACAUGCAAAAUUCGCCACCGCUGACUCUCAUGAGCUCUAUCCAACAUUUUUUCGAGUGGUUCCUGGUGAUCGUAAUGUGAACAAUGCGAAAUGCCGUCUGAUAAAUCAUUUUGGCUGGAGGAAAGUCGGCACUUUAAAACAGAGUGACGAGCCAAGGUAUGCGUUGCCACAUGAAUCAUUAACCACAAAACUGGAACACAGUUACGGUAUCAAGGUGGCGUAUACGGCAGGUGUGACCAAACACGAAAUGGACAACAUUGGCAAUGAACUCGACGAGUUAAAGCGACGUGAUGUUCGAAUCUUGGUCGUGGAUGUAGCUGAAGAUAUGGCAGCCAUUGUGCUAUGCGAAGCUUUUCAUCGUCAGAUGUACGGCGAAAGCUAUGCAUGGAUUCUUCCUGGAUAUCAUUCGAUGGAAUGGAUGUCCUUUGGUGUAGAGAAUUGUACAGCAACGGAAAUGAGUGAAGUGUUCGAAGGACAUUUUGCUGUCGAAUUCGCCUUGGUACGGAAGGAUAAUCGAAGUCAUGUUAUUGGCGGCAAACGAGCUUCCUAUAUUUGGACGGAACUCCAACGGGAAUCGCCGAAUAUCUGGCAAGGUUAUCUCUAUGAUGGGCUGUGGACGCUAGCAAUAGCGCUAAGUCAAGCCCUUGGUGCAAAUGCAUCGUUUUCACACGUGAAGCUGCUGUCGGCGAUCAACAAUAGCUCAUUUGAAGGCGUUACGGGCCGUGUUAGUUUCGAGAACAACGAACGCUUAGGACUCAUCGACAUUCGACAAUGGCGAAGUGGUGCCUACAACGAUAUUGGACACUACGACGGCGCAAGUGAUGUAUUCAUAAUGACAAAUGAUCUCGGAGGUUUCAGAUUGUUUCAUUUACUUUAUUGGGAACCUCCUCUUGACGCUACUGUAAUUGAGAGAAAACGAGAAUAUAUUUCGAAUCUGUUAUUCGUAGUAAUGUCGUUCCUUGCUUUGACCGGUAUCUCACUAGCCCUCAUCUUCUUGUUCAUUAACAUCAAAUAUCGAAAUCACAGGUUCAUCAAGAUGUCGUCUCCAAACUUAAACAACUUGAUUAUCGUUGGGUCGAUGUGUACCUUCGCGUCAGUUGUUCUGCUCGGUAUCGACACUCGCAUACUCUCAAAUGACAACUUUGUGAAAUUAUGCUAUGUAAAGACAUGGACACUGUGCCUCGGUUUCACUCUCGCGUUUGGCUCCAUGUUCUCAAAAACUUGGCGAGUGCAUUCAAUUUUCACUAAUAUUAGGAUGGACAAAAAAGCUAUUAAGCAAUAUGAUGAUAAGGUUAUCGUGCCUGAGAUCGAGAAAUGUCAGUCAACUCAUUCGGCAGUCUUUCAAGCAAUUCUGUACGCCGUCAAAGGAAUUCUUAUGAUACUUGGGUGCUUUUUGGCAUGGGAAACACGACAUGUGGACGUACCAGCAUUGAACGACAGCAAAUACAUCGGUAUGAGCGUCUAUAAUGUUGUGGUGAUGAGCACCAUUGGAUUAGCAAUCAGUGUUAUCUUACAGGUAUCGUAUAUUUAUCGGAAAUCUAGUUACAUGCGAUAUUUACUGAAAAUGCUUGCAUUUCGCUGGCGUGUCUAA